AUAAAAGGAUGUGCAGAAACAGCCGACGGAGCAAAUUAGGAAGGAGGAAGCUGUUUGCUUGGAAGAUUGGUAGACUGUUUUUGCCUUGCACCUGAGUACCCGUCCCCACCAGCAUACAUCACAGGUAAAGCAGCGAGCGUCUGGAGACAAUGAACGCAGCCGAGGCGAAGGAUUACCUCUCCAAGAGGCAGAUCCCCCAGCUGUUUGAGAGUAUGCUCACAGGGUUGAUGUACUACAGACCAGACAACCCUGUUGACUACUUGGAAAGUUGUCUGAAGAAAGUGAAAGAGUUGGGAGGACCAGACAGAGUUCGGUGGGACACCUUUGUGGCCCAGGAGAAGAGGACAUUGCCUCCUCUGAACAACUGCCAGGCCAGGAGAUCGUUGUUCAGAAACGUUCUGCCUGAUAGUCCCAAUUUUCUUUAUCGACGUUAUGACCGUCUGCCUCCCAUUCAUCAGAUCUCCAUUGAGAGUGAUACAGAUCUGGCUGAAACUGCCGAGCUCAUUGAAGAAUACACGGUGUUCGACCCAGCCAAAGCCCACCCGUGGAUCAUACUUCUGAUAGGUGGUCCAGGCAGUGGGAAGGGGACUCAGAGUCUGAAGAUAGCCCAGCGUUAUGGAUUUGAAUACAUUUCAGUGGGAGAGCUUCUCAGAAGCAAAAUGAUCCAUAAUGCAACUUGCAACAGGAAGUGGAGUUUAAUUGCCAAAAUUAUCACCAAUGGAGAAUUGGCACCACAGGAAACGACCAUCACGGAGAUCAAACGCCGUUUGAUGCAGCUCCCAGAUGCCCAGGGGUUUGUCAUUGAUGGAUUCCCAAGGGAUGUUGCCCAGGUGUUGUCCUUUGAGGACCAGAUCUGCACCCCAGAUUUAGUUGUGUUCCUUGCAUGUGCCAAUCACCAAUUGAAAGAGAGGCUGGAAAAGCGGGCAGCACAGCAAGGUCGCCCUGACGACAAUCCCAAAGCCAUCCAGAGACGACUGACCACCUUCAAGCAAAACACCAUCCCAUUGGUCAAGUAUUUCCAGGAAAGAGGUCUGAUUGUUACGCUGGACGCAGACAGAGAUGAGGAGGAGGUGUUUUAUGAUAUAUCUGUAGCAGUCGACAGCAAACUCUUCCCCACCAAGGACCCUGUGGCUGGCCCCAGUGAACUGGACCUCAGUUUGCUCGAGGAUCUUACAGAUGCUGUUGGUGUUGAGUCAGACUCUGAAGAUCAGACCGAUAACCAGUCCACAACAUCAGAAGAUAUCAAAGUGGAAGAAAAUUUGAAGCAAAUCAAGAUCAUUUUUGUCAUUGGUGGUCCAGGCUCUGGGAAGGGAACUCAGUGCAGGAGGGUGGUAGCAGAGUAUGGCUUCACCCACUUAUCCACAGAAGACAUUCUACGUCACAGGAUGGUGGUCAGGCCAGAAAGGAGAAAAGAGACACAAGAAACGGUGGAGGAUGGGGAGCUGGUGCCAGUGAUACUAAAAGAGGUGAUGACCUCAAGCGUGGACGUCAAAGGGAUUCUAAUUGAAGACUAUCCUUGGGGACUGAAGCAGGCAGAAGAGUUUGAGAAGAAGGUGGCUCGGCCCAACCUCGUGCUUUUCCUGAGCUGUUCCAGAGCCACAAUGAAGCGACGGCUUCUCAAAUCCGCUCAAAAGAGUGACCAGGUUAAUGGUGACGAUGAGCGCGUUGCCAAACAGAUCGAGGACUUCCUCUCAGCGGCUCAACUAGUGAUUGAAAAGUACCAAGGGGAAAACCUCAUAUGCAAGAUAAAUGCAGAAGAAACACCUGACAAAGUCUUUCAUCAGAUCUGUGAAGCCAUCAAUUCUAUUCAAGAGAGCAGCAAAAGCGAUAUGGCUUUGGAUGGGGUCCUAUGUAGGGAAUUAAUUUCCUCUGAGUAUUCAAAUCACUGAAUGUUACAGCAUAGUAAGAGGCCAUUCAGCCCAUUGGGUCUAUGCUGGCCCUCUGAAAAAGCCAUCUACUUAAAACAACAACUUACAUUUACCUUUAAUGUUGAAAAAUGUUGCUUCUGAGAGGUGAAGUCAGGCAAAAGUGGAUGCUAAGACAAUAUCAGGAAGAAUUAUUUAAAGUUUGAUCAGUGAACACUCCACAUUAAUUGCAUGAAAUUAAAAAAAAAUCUGGAAAAAACCUAAUUUGUGACUGAAUUUAUUAAAU